AUGGCGUCUCAGGCCGGCGACGACAGCCCCGAGGCCACGAUCCGGCGCACGGCGCACGUCCAGGCGCUGCUGGAGCGCCUCCUCCAAGCCAGCCCCAUCUACGGCCUCAUCCUGCCGACGAUCCGGCUCGAGUCCGCGUCCCACGGACUGGCCGUCACGACGCUGACGCUGACGCCCACGCACGUCAACAGCAAGGGCGGCCUGCACGGCGCCGUGUCGGCCACCAUCAUCGACUUCACGACGGGGCUGGCCAUUGCGUCGACGGACCUGCGCGAGGCGACGGGCGCGAGCGUCGACAUGCACAUCAGCUACCUCAGCAUAGCGCGCGUCGGCGACAAGGUGCGCAUCGAGACACGCGCGGAGAAGGUCGGCGGGAGCUUGGCGUUUGUGACGGUCAAGAUCGUCAAGGUGGCGGAGGACGGGAGCGAGGUCAUUGUCACUAUGGGACAGCACACAAAGUAUGUGAGAGGCACGGCACCGCCGCCGAUUCCGACGCCGCCGACGCCCAUGGUUGGGAAUUGA